UCAAAUCAAAUUCAUUUCAGAGGACAAUAUCAUCAAAAAAAUUUACUAAAAUUGAGAAAAAUAUGUAAAACACAGUCUAAAUACUUUUUCUGAAUUACAAUAAUACUGGAAUUUCUCAAAUAAAAUGAAAAUAGUAUAAGAAGGGUAACUUUCUAGCUGAGAGUGGUGUUCUACUGCGUGUCCUCAUGAAAUGCAACAUCCGUGAGCUCGCUCACUUGAGCGACCAGCCUUGUGUUAUUGAGGGGAGAUUAAACUACAAAAAGGUCUCCAAUGGGGGUUAUCGCAAUCAAGCAGUGUUCAAGGAGAGGUGGUUUCGGCUCAUCAACAAUUACUUGUUCUACUUCAAAAUAAGUGAGAUGGGCAAGUUUGAUACAAAGAAUCCGGCUGGUGUCUUUGUUAUGGAGAACUCGUCUAUUCAGAUGGAGCAUGGGCCAAAUAUAUCAUUUUCAUUUUCCAUUUCAUUUAUUGACGAGCCAGAGAAGCGCCACGUGUUCGCGGCGCGCGCCGAGGACAACGUCGUGCAGUGGGUCAUCAAGCUGCGUGAGUGCUCCUACGAGUAUCUGCGCGAGCGCCUGCACACGCUGCAGUCCAAAAUAUACUCUAUUACUGGCAAGGAUCCUCUACUAUUAGUGCCGCGCAACGAGGGCGCGUGUCUCUGGGCGCCGGCCGUGCCCUUCUCCACGGCGCCCGCCUGCACCGUCAACACCAGCUCCUUCAGCUGCCACCUGCACACCGGCAGCGCGUUCACGCUCGAGCGGAGCAAGUCCGACGCGAACGCGCACAGACACCUACGCACGAACAAGUCCACUUUUUACACCGACGAAACUAGUGGCGAACACAAAAGUGAUACGAAAGUUUUCUCCCUGGAGAGGAGCAAAACGUCCGCACUGUUUAAAAGUCACAUCGAGUCUACGGAGGGGUCGAUAUUCGACAGCGGUAAGUUGAGCGUGAGUUGCGCGCCGAGUCCGCCGGCGCGGAACCGGCUAUGCCCCCAGCCGCCUCGGCGCGAGCUGGCCGCGGACGUGCAGGCGCUGGCGGCCAGCGGGCGCGCGCUGGGCGCGGCGGGCAUCCUCGGCGACGCGCCCGUGCCGCCGCGCCGGAAGACCUCGCCCAAGCCCGCGCCACAUGGCAACAGCGACAGUAGGCGAUCGCAGGAAUCCGAAGAUCUUAUUCAAUUUUAGUCUAUUUAUUUUACUGACGUCCCACCUAGUUAAAUUACGGCACGCAGGCUUUUGUCGGUGUAGAGAUUGUAUAUAGGGUUUUAUAUGCUAAGAAAUUGUAUUUUGCCAGAUUUGUGAUAUUUGUAUAAUAGAAGAUUGUAUGAUACAAUAGAAGAGCUUUGUAUGUAUUUCUCUAAAAAAUGAUCAUUGCUAUUUUUAUAUAAAAUUGGUAUAUUAUUUUUUUAUAACAUAUGAUAUAGCAAUGUUACUGAGGACCUAUAAUUGUACACGUAUUACCGAGGAACUUGUUAGGAACGUUUAUUUCAGAAAGAAAAGUAUGUAGAAAUGUUCAGUAUUCUAGUCAAUGUAACCAGAACACAUUAGUGUAUGAAUUGCUGCCUGCUAUAUUAAAUCGACAUUAAUUAAUAGUAGUAAGUAUUAAACAAGAGGCAUUUAUCGAACACUUGUUAUUCAUACAAGUUGUAUGUCAAUUUUGUCGUAACCUAGGUUUAUUUUUUUUCUACCUCUCUGUUAUAACAAUUUAUCCUUAUUCUUCAUUACGAUAUUAAUACAUAUUGUCACGCUCAGAGCAAAUUCGCUUGUUAAAAUACACGAUUAUAUCACAGUUUACUUUAAGUUUUAGUUUGUAUUGACUACUCAGUGCUCCUUAAUUUAUGAUAAAACUACAAUGCUUGUCAAGUUUAGUAAAUAAUCACUAAUUGUGAAACCUUAGUUAAAAUAAUCUAAUGUUAACGAUUUGUCACAUUGUGCUGUAAAAUCACCAUUAUUAGAGUCAGCGCGGAAAGAGAAGUGUCGUAGAAUGUAUUGGAUCCCAUACAUUUCACGACUCUUCUCUUUCCGCGCAGACUCUAUCAUCAAUAUCUCCAUAAUUCCAACUGAAACUGUCGUAACAGUUGGUCUGCAAUGUAGAUAAGACAAUAAUCUAUACUUACAUAGUUUGACUUUUAACUAUACAAAUUAACUUAUCUCCUACAGUUUUUUUCAAGUAACUUUUUCCUUGUAUAUAUUUUUGAUAUAAUGCGGUCGAAUCAUAUUGCCAGUGUAGGAAAAUAUAUAACCAAAGCGCGUUUUUUAGUGCCUAGUAACUAGUAGCCAUGGACCCAUUGAGAUCUAUUAAGAGGAUAGUAGACGACAGCCUCUACAUACAAACGUAGUUCCGAUUUUCUUUUCUGGAUACCCUUGGUUAUUUCAAGAAUUAGGUUCACUUGCACCAUUACUCUAACCCGGGGUUAAGCGGUUUAACCGUCAACCCAGUGUCGAAUUGUACUGGUAACCAUGGUAACUCCAGGUUUAAUCGGUUAACCCCGGGUUAGUGGAAUGGUGCAAGUGGGCCUUAGUGGCGACAAAUAAAUUCCAUACAUUUUUUUAAAGAUCUCAACUCUUUAAUAAUUAUAAAAUUGAAAUGUUAAUGUCCAGAGAGAAAAGUGUGGACGUUAGUAUGGAGACGCGGUCGCGGUUGGUCGUUUAUGUACGUAUUAAUGGGAAUUUCGAAUUAUGAGAGUUCAGUUUGCUUGCUUUGCGAGUUCCAGAUAAAAUGUUCAAUUAAAUAUUCUAAAUGAGUGGCACUUAGAAUUCAUAUUGUAUAUCUGAAAUCAAUGAAUGCUUCUUAGGUAUUUGAAAGCAGUGGUUCACACUACCAACGUUAUUGCGUUCAUAUAACGUUUUUAUAAUAAGUAAUUAUCAAUUAAUCAUUAUGUGACGUGUGACGAGGAAACUGUAGGUACAAAAUUACCUUAUCUCGAUGUUUCAAGGUUAAAAGAUUGCCUAUUUUGGAAGGAACUAAUUUGAUAUUGAUUAGCAUAGGUACAACGAAAAAUGUGACUUGACCUACUGAUUAAAUAGAAUCAGUAUAAUGUUAUGAAUGGUAUUAUUGUCCCGGCCAAACUUCGAUUAUAAUAUACAUAUAUCUAUAUUAAAGCCUUAAAUUAUAUCUAAAUUAUAUAUUAAAAAUGUAUACUUUUAAGUGUUUUUACCUUUGUAACGGAAUAAGAAUAUAUAUAUAUUUAUCAGAUA